AGUCAAGUAACGUUAGCUAGGUAGUUAGCUAGCUAGCUAGCUAGUUUCCAUAGAUAUACAUGGCUAGUUUCUACAUGUAUCCGCGUUCCGCUAGGCGGCACAGGAAGAAAGCUGACUUAAGGCAUUAGAGCUUGGCACAGAUGAGGCAGAAAAAGUGAAACUAGUGUUAAUAAACAAAACAAAAUAAUUGGGUGUAUGGCAGACAGACAGUGCUCAGGGUGAGAGCUGUGCCUGUACUGAAGUGUCACAUUGAGCUUGCUGAAGUGGACUUAUCUCCUACCAUCCCUUCUCGCAUCUCACUCUUUCCUGGAUCCAGACAGGGCUGAGAGUCACAUUCAUCCAGCCCUCCUCACACCAGAGAGGCCUCUCUCCUCUGGGCUCAGUCCCACACUAGACCCCCUCAACUAUACAUCUUCCUUACAGUUGGCAGAGUGCUGCAUGAUACUCAAGAUCAUGACUCGGAGAACAAAGGAACGUAGACACAAGGAUGCAUAAAUUGCAUUCAAAGUCCCAAUGAUGCAUCUGUCCAUUUAUUCAUCUAGUGUCCAUCUCCCUGUCCUCUGGUAGUCCUCUGCUUGGACUACUGUUUGGCCACACAGAGCCAAACUUGCGCCCAGAUGUCCACUUCUCAAAGUGCACUUGUCAAGCUACUUCCCAAAGUCCAACCAAGUUUUUGGCUGUGGAUUCCACUGGGAAGGUGAGAAAGAGGGGGAGGAUAGAUGAAGGGACGAAGAGAGAGGUAGACAAAGGAAGCAAGGACGAGGAGGAACUGGACAGAGCUUCUGACUGAUGGAGGGAUGGAUGCUGUUCACCCUUUUGAAACACUGCACGGCAACGGUGAUCAUGAUGGUGUUGAGGUCACCUCCUGGGUGUCGGUGUGUCCAAGAGGCCUCUGGAAAGUCCAGCAAAAGCUGACACACAAAGGGAGUCGACAGACCGUCUCUUAUUCUGGAGAUGAUGCAUCAUGUUCAUCCAGUUACUGUCCAAGGUUGGGUUCACUGUGUCAAGUCCGAGUGCGGCUCAAAGCUAACAUGGAUAAAGCAGAGAGUUUAGCAUCUGAAAAGAGAAAUGAGAAGCUGCCAGUCCAACCUGACCAAUCAGUGACUGAGGUUACAGAGGCCACAGCCUUCCCAAGGUGUCAGGACUCUGUGCUGCAGGUCCCACUGGGGGACUGGACAACACUGAGGCUAGGCGAGGGUCAGUGCGAUAUCACAGAAGCAUGUGUGGAGGGGAUGAGAGCGAGAGAGAAAUGUGAGGUACUGAUUUCUCCUGUGGGAAAUAGACCAGAUGUCUCAGUUCCCCAUCCCGAUGAGGAAAACCUGCCUUUAUGUGCCACAAUUGAACUCAAAUCUUUCACACCAGGCAAGGAAUCCUGGGAGAUGUCUCCUGGUGACAAGUGGCAGUGGGUGAAGUCACACAAAGAGAGGGGAGGAGUAAGAUUCAGGAGUGGGGAUGUGUGGGGAGCAGCAGACAGCUACAGCCGGGCCCUCAAACUUCUCAUCACUCUCCAUAGCCAUGUUAGAGACGUGGAGAAAAAAGGACAAGAGGAAGAAGCAGAGGAGCCGAGAGAUACAAACAGUGGUGAUGAAACAAAACAACUUCCUUCAGCUAAUGAGUUUAAAACCAUUAAAUCGGAGCUCUACUCAAACAUGUCCUUGUGCCAGCUCAAACUGAAACAACCAGAGCGGGCUAAGGCCAGUGCGGCUAAAGCUACUCAGCUGGAACUGGGUGGUGCUAAAGCCUGGUACCGGAUGGGCCAAGCCUGCCAGAUGUUGAAUGAGCUGGAGGAAGCCGGGCAGGCGUUUAGGAAACUGCUGGAGCUACAGCCAGAAUCACCUGCUGCUUUGAAGGCACUUAAAGACAUAGCAAGUAAAGAGAAAGAGAGAAAUGCACAGUUGGGACUUAGACUCAGCAAAAUGUUCAGCUGAAGAUUACAUAUUAUCAGUUUAUUAUAGAAUGUUAUCUGUAGAAUGGCAUGUUUCUUCUCAUGACAUGAGUCACUGUUAAAUGGAAGUGCAUCUACUGCCCCUACCUGAGCUCAAAAGUAAAGCCAUUAAUCAGUGAAUGCAUGUUUUUCUCCCAACUCUAUGAUGCUUGUGUGUGAGAUGCCUGAAUGUAACGUCAAAGUAAAAACCACACGUCAAAAACUUA